AUGUUCAUGAAGGCCUUUAGUGAAGUGCAGCAGCAGUUGAUCCUUGAGACGAGAAAUCUGAAGAAAACAAGGAAUUUCUAUCACAAGCUGCUUCAACAGGAGCAGAAGAACAAAGGAUCCGACAACAAGGCCAUGUUGGUGCGACUGAAGGCUCAGCAGGAGGAGCAGCGAUCCAGGGUUCUGUUCCUGGAAACUGUCAAGAAAUACCUGGAGGUGUUGAGUGUGGAGCAGUGGGGGCUGGAGGCCUCAGUGCUGCCCUCUCUGGCAGAAAGUGGAGCUGCAGGUCUGGAGCUGCAGUCUUCUCUGGACUCUUCGGUUCUGUCCUUCAGCUGCAGUGAUGGGAAGAGCACGCUGCAGCUGGGAUCUCCUCUGGGACUCGUGGCUCAUCUCUACGCCAGAAAUGCGGCGCUGGACGGCUACAUCCAGCAGUUCUUCUACACGUUCCGGUAUUUCUGCAGCGCCGACGACUUACUGCGCUUCAUCACGGACAAGUUCAUGAGCGUUGCCAGGGAGGGUCCGGACUUGUCGGGGGACAGUCUGAAGGUGUUCCACAGGAGCCUGGACCUCCUGCUGCUCUGGGUCUCUGGAUCUAAAGCCGUGGACUUCAGAGAGAGGAGCUCGGUGCUGCAGACGCUGGAGCACUUUAUCAACACACAGGUUUGA